UACACAACGCGCUGACAACCUGUCGGAAAGUCGCAGCAGUCUUUUCUCCGUGAAUUAGACGAGAGAAAUUUUUCCGGUGGCGAAUCGCGAAAUGUCCGACAGUCCUGCGACGCGUUUAACCUACCACGGAGAAAAUUCAUCAUGACGAAGAAACUGCAAAUAGUGCGAGUGGACAAUGACCUGGUGCAAAAGGCGAACCUUGAAAUCGGCAACAACCUCAUCGGCCGAGGCGCCGCAACGGGACGCGAUGACGGUCGAGUGCUGAGACAUGCUGUGACCAUCAACGUGUCGCCCAACGAUGAAAUGACGAUCACAGCGGUGGUACCAUGCUACAUGAAAUCUAUCGGAUGCACACGAUGGCAAGCUCUUAAACUGGGAACCAGCGUGCCAAUAAGGCCGGGUGAUGUCUGCUCGCUCUUACCUGAGAAAUGUUGGUUUAAAAUCAUGUCUGCGCCAGAUACAAUGGACGAGAGCGAACAAAGACUAAAGAGAAAGGCUGACGAGGACUUGAACAAUGAAACGGACAGCAAGAAAACAUGCUUGUCAUGCAGCAUGGAAACUGUUGCAUCUCCCAGCGAAACCCUGAAUAAUAUUCUAAAUAAUAAGGAUCCAGCAUCUGAACAUCAGGAUUCUCCCGUUAGCAGAGAUGCGGAACUCAAUGACACAAAUGCACCGAUCCUGCAGGAGAUCUACUCCGCAAGUUCUCCAGAGGGUGAUAACGCUCCCGCGACGUGCUCCAAGGAACCGAGCGACUCUCAGAACGUAACUGAACCUUCCGUCGUAGGCGAGAGUAAUGGCAAGCGCAAAGCGGAGAGCGCCGAUUCGACGGAUUUGAAGGAAACCGCGACCGUCGAACCGCCCAAGAAGCUCAAGUGGGAUUGUGCCGCUCACUUCAGCGAUCGAAGCGAGGCACCAUCGUCUCACAGAGAGGGCGAACCUCAGUUAACCAGCGGUGCUAGGCGUCAGGAUCAGGCAAGCGUGCCGAACGCCGAGAGGGUCCCCAGAGAAAAGUGCACGUACGGCGGUCGGUGUUACCGAAGAAAUCCCAACCACAAGAAGAACUGCAGUCAUCCGGGUGACCCCGAUUACGACGAGCCGGACGAUCGCGAGGAGUGUCCGUACGGUGUGAAGUGCUACCGCAAAAAUCCGCAGCACAGGGCGCAGUUCAAGCACUCGAGCGUGCCGCGACGACGUCGAAGGGCCGCCACACCCGUGAGCCCGGUGCCGGUCGACAACGCGUUCGAAUCGGACGCUUCGUCCCUGGAGGAGUCCGUUGACGAGUCCGACUACGAGCCGUCCUCCAUGUACUCGGACAGUUCGGAGAAGAGCGAGUGGGAUGACAGCGGGAGCGAGUGGGAGGAUGGCACGACCGGCUGACGGCGACGUUACCUCAUCAUCGAUUCUCGUGUCUUCGAAGACGUCCAAAUUACCGAUGUGUCUAUUAUACAGGGUGUUUCCUUAAGUUUGUCUACUUACUUAGGAAACACCCUGUAUAACGCAUAUAUCUCGUUGCGAAAUAUUUAUUUUUCUAUUCAAAUUUACAUGUACCUGCAUCUAUUCGUUAAACGUGAGAAGUAUAAAAACUGUUGUUAACAUAUUAUAAUUGAUGUUGUAGAAUAAACAUUCUACGACAGAGA